UUUUUUUUUUUUAAUUCGAUCUUCCAACACGUAUGCACCAUAUGCCCGAUCACCUGUCUCCUAUAUUUCAAUUCCUCUCUAGUACCGUCAAUAGCCAUGUCGGAACCUCCUAGGUCUCGGUCGGACCCAUCGCGGUCAGCCGUACCGCGUCCACGCAGAUCUGCAGCAUUGAGACCUCCAGUACCAAACCGCCCAAGAGUCGAUACGAACAGCCCAGAAUACAAGCGUGCUGCUCGCAACUACACGCGGACGUUGGUCGCUCUGCCAAUUCUGAUUGUUACUUCGUGGUAUUUGUUCGACCGGCUGGCUUUGGGAAAUCAGCAAAAAGUCUUACUUGAUCCUUCAGCAACUCCAGCUAGCAGUGUGGGGGAGAAAAGGGGUUGAUGAUAGCCAUCAGCUCCUGUCUCCUUUUAUCUGACUGGAUCAUUGGACGAAAUCUAGUAGCCAUCAUCUGUCUUAUGUUCGGAUGAAAGUACCGGCAAUAGAUAGUGACUAGCUCCCUGUUUACACUGGCAGAGAUGUCGGGUCCGUGCCUUUGUCCGAAUUAUCAG